UGUCAGCACUGCCUUCUGGGUAAACUGUCUGAAAAUUUUGAAGAGCGCCUGCGUGCGUUCCGUCUUUCCUUUUGUCUUGUUGCAGCCAAGGAAGCAACAUGGGGCACCAGCAGCUUUACUGGAGCCAUCCGAGAAAAUUCGGCCAGGGUUCUCGUUCUUGCCGCGUCUGCUCAAACCGGCACGGUCUGAUCCGGAAAUACGGCCUCAAUAUGUGCCGCCAGUGUUUCCGCCAGUACGCGAAAGACAUCGGCUUCAUUAAGUUGGACUAAGUGUGAACUUCUUGAAUGGGUCAUCACGCAUAUCUACCUUCCUCAGAAACAAUACUAACUCUUUGUAUAUAAAAUAAAAAAUUUAAAACUUCA